CUCAUAACUGCAGAUGAAUGUUGUAAGCAGGUUGUAGGCGUGUGCGUCCGGGACGGGCGAAGUAUAAAAACUCACCGAAAAGCAGAAGUGCUCCAUAACUUCCAGCGAGCGGUGAGGACACAACGUUGACCGGCCACUGAGCCUCUGGAACCAGCCAUGGAUUAUGAGGACUAUGAAUUUAACUUCACCAUUGACAGUAAUUACACACUGCCAGUGAUCCCUGACUUCCAGGUCCCUGCGAUUCAGCCCAUCCAGAUAGCGGCCCUGGUCUUCUACGGCCUCGUGGUGCUGCUGGGCGUCCCCGGCAACGCCGUGGUGGUGUGGGUGACCGGCUUCUGCAUGCCCCGCUCCGUCACGUCCCUCUGGUUCCUGAACCUGGCGCUGGCCGACCUCCUGUGCUGCCUCUCCCUGCCGCUGCUCAUGGUCCCGUUGGCCCACGACGACCACUGGCACUUUGGCCCGCUGGCCUGCACGCUGGUCAAGGGCUCGUUUCACCUGGUGAUGUACUGCAGCGUCCUGCAGCUGGUGUUGAUCAGCGUGGACCGCUGGCUGAUGGUCAGCAGACCCGUCUGGUGCCAGAACAACCGACGGCCCAGGCAGGCCGCCUUGGUCUGCGUGGCCGUCUGGCUGUUGGCCCUGGUGGGCAGCGUGCCCCAGUUUGUCUACACCGAGGAGAUCGAAGCAGGCGAGGACAAGCGGGAGUGUCAGACGAGGAACACUGUGCUCAGUGCCUGGCUGAUCACCUCCCUCCGGUUCGUCGUGGGAUUCUUCCUCCCUUUCCUGGUGAUUGUGAUCUGUCACUGGGUGGUGUACAAGAGGGCGCACGGCGGACUGUCGCGAGGUCGGACCCGGUCCAAGCGAACGCUGAGGAUCAUCGUCGCCGUGGUGCUGAGCUUCUUCCUGUGCUGGCUCCCUCUGCACGUCUUGGACUUCCUGAAUUUGGUCACACCCCGGAAUUCCGUGCACAGCCCCCAGAUUUACCUGGCACAAGUUCUGGCCCUGUGCCUGGCGUAUUUCAACAGCUGCCUGAACCCGAUACUGUACGUGUGUCUGGGCCGAAGCUUCAAAGACAGCAUGAACCGCUCGCUGCGCCACAUGCUCCACUUCAUCAGCGAGGAGCCGAACACCAGGGUCAGCAUCGCCUGCACGGACACCAAGAGCUCGAGCAGCGGAAAGGAAGUGGCGAAAGUCUGAGGUUGGGGACUCUCAGCAGGGGGAAACUAUUCAACUCAUCGUCUCAAGAUGGAAGAAGAACGGACAGAAAGGAGGAGAGUUGAAUUAACUUGAAACGAACGAAACUUGUACAUUUACAAUUGGAUCGUUUGGUUUCACAAGAUUCCUGUAAACUGGUCAAAUAAAGUUUUGACUCGUGACAGUGUGAACACAAAAACAGGGCUUUUACUUAUGUGACACAAAUCAGGAAGCGUUGGUCAAUGUGUCUCCACACCUCUGUGUUUUUGCGACAAAAAUAUGAGCUCAGGCCCGAUCGCUGCUGUUUGUGAAAUGCAAUUUGCGUGUUUCCAGGCAUUAGUCACUGGAAGGGAAAGAAGGGAAUUUACCACAUACGCUGAAAAAAAGAACAUUUACUUCCAAACAUAAAAAAAGAUCUUCGCAUACAUUAAUUAAGUUUGUCCAACUUAAAGUUAACAAGUUAAGAGAGUUGAUAACUUUACGUUGGACAAACUUAAUUUGUGUGCUUUUUUUUAGGUUGUAAGCAAUUUUCUUUUUCAUUUAACAAUGACUUCAGCGAGCAGUUCAUUCGUGUACCACGAGAGGGCGCCACACUCCUCUCUUAAAGGUCCAUUGUUUUACUGUGUUGGAUGAUAGAAGGGAUUUAACAGGUAAUAUGAUACAAAUAUAUAUAUUUUUUACAACAGGCCGGCUGCAAUUUAUGUUUGUUUAUGAUCUUUCAGAGUGGAUAUCAUUGUACCAGCAUGAAAAAAAUAAAGAAUAAGAACAAACAAAUGGGUUACUGUACCAAA